UCCAAGAUGGCGGACGAAGCGAGGAAGAAAAUUUCAGCCAAACUUGAAGCUGUUCCUGAUGUUGUUAUAGACAGCCAUGGACUAUUCAAAUACAUCCUUAUAGAAGUAAAGGAUAGGAAUGAUGAUAGUCUUUCUAAAUUCGUCGUUAGAGGAAAUGCGAAGGCAGAUUAUCACGCUGAUAUAUUAGAAGAGGUACAACCAGGAAUCGACGGUCUUGGGUUAUCAGCAGUGUGCGUUGGUGGUGGCAGAAUAGAACAUAACUCUGCUGAAAAACGGAUUUUAGUAUAUGGUUAUUCAAUGGGGUUUGGACGUGCUAACCACUCUAUUACAGUUGAGAAACUCAAAAAGGAUUAUCCUAACUACAAGAUCACUUACACUAAUGAUGGAUACUGAUGUCAGUGAGCACAUAAUCUUAAUAAUGAACAGUAGUUAUGUAGUAAUUAACAAUUAAUUGCCAGAAGCAAAGUGAAUAUCAAAAAUACCAAAGUGAGACACGAGUCUUUGAGCGGCAAGGUAAUUAUUCCUUGAUAUUCACUAAGCCUGAGGUGAAUAGCUGCUUUAAUAUUUUUAACACAAGUGAAUUUUUGUUUUUUCCAAUUUUAUUUAUCUCAGCAAGCAGCACGCAUCGACAAACGAGCGUGUGCGUGUGAGUUGUAUUCAACUGUAGGUGUCUAUUUUAUAUUAUAUUCACUUGUAGGUGAAUAUAACAGCAUAAGAUGUAAAUUGUGACCAAUGGGUGCACAGAAUUCAUUACAUUCACUUGUGCAAAAAUAUUAUAGUUGUACUUGACAUCUCUUCCUUGAAAAAAAAGUGUCGAGUAUCUACUAUAGUGAGGGCAAGGAAAAAGUGUUAAGAGAAUGAAAUAAGAAACAAUAGUAGAUAUACCCACCUAAAUUAACAUAUUAAGAUUCAAGAAGAGAUAACUAGCUAAAAACUAGUGUGAGCUGCGUCGGUGUUUCUAAUGAAACAGUACAGAAACAUUUAUUCAUCAGUUGGACAGAAUGUGAGCACACAGCAUGUGCGCACACACUUUCAGUUGUAUCAUUCCUAUCUAAAAUAACGGUAAUUUGAAUUUUAUAAAAGAAUUUAAAAACUUGCUUGCUGUGGUGUGUGAAGUCAUGAAGCACUUAGGGAUUGGUAAAACACUCGAGAAGUGUUGAGAAGCACUCUGCUAUGUGUCAUGCUUCUCCUAACACUUUUCUCGCCAACUCCCAAGUGCUUUAUAGCUGCACAAAACACGCCCGCAUUUUCUUAAAUUUAAACUAACAGCAACUAAAGACAACUAAAAUAAUGAUGUAUGUGUUAAUGAAAAUACUUUUAUCUCCAA